AUGACAGUAAGAUGUCACACAAAAAACUUAAUAAAUUGUCAUUCCUUCUACAGGCGUUCUGCGAGGUCACGCAGCAGAAGUCCAUAUUCAUCCACUAGACAUUCACGUUCUCGCAGCCGCCACCGUCAUUCUCGCUCUCGUAGUCACCCCACAAGUCUUUCACCCAACACAGUCACCUUCAAAUCCAGUCUUGCUGCAGAGCUCAGCAAGCAGAAAAAAGCUAAAGCUGCAGAAGCAGCAGCCAAGGCAAAGAAUUCCAGCAGUACAUCUACUCCAACCAAGGGCUCCUCAUCACUUCACCAGCCCAGUCCUAAAUCUAAUCACACAUCCAAAAAAGGCCGCCCUCCAUCUCCGACACAGACCGAAAAGGGACCCAGAACUCCUACACCUGCCCUGCCUCAGUCCCCCUCUGACCGGUCAUCCAAGAGGACCACAGAGCACCAGCCAAGCAGAGAUAGAGAUGGAAAGGGGAAGGAAGAUGCACUGCAUCGGGACAGGAGGAAAGCACCUGUAUCUGGGCAGGGCAAAGAAAAAGAACGAGUCACAGGUCCCCUCAUUCCACCUCUGCCACCUCUGCCAGUGCCUCAAGCAGUUCUUGAGAACAUUGAAAAGGGGGAAAGCUUGAAGGACGGGUCACUCUCAGGGAAGAAGAAGUCUGAGAAAAAAGCUCGGCCACUUCUGACUGAGCUGCCGCUUCCCCCUGAGCUCCCAGGCAGUUCUUCUCCACACAGCCCAUCUGAAGACAAAAAAACACCAGCACUUCGUAGAAGGCCUAAAAUUUGUGGGCCGAGAUACGGUGAGAUAAAGGAAACUGAGAUAGACUGGGGCAAACGCUGUGUGGACAAGUUUGAGAUCAUUGGCAUCACGGGGGAAGGCACCUAUGGUCAGGUGUACAAAGCGAAAGACAAAGACACUGCGGAAAUGGUGGCUUUGAAGAAGGUUCGACUGGACAAUGAAAAAGAGGGCUUUCCUAUCACUGCCAUCAGAGAGAUUAAGAUUUUGCGACAGUUGAACCACAAAAGCAUCAUAAACAUGAAGGAGAUCGUUACUGAUAAGGAGGACGCUCUCGACUUCAGAAAUGAUAAAGGUGCGUUUUAUCUUGUUUUUGAAUACAUGGACCACGACCUGAUGGGUUUGCUUGAGUCUGGCCUGGUCCAUUUCAAUGAGAGCCACAUUAAGUCUUUCAUGCGACAGCUGCUCGAGGGUCUUGAUUACUGCCACAAGAAGAACUUUCUGCACAGAGACAUAAAGUGCUCCAACAUCCUUCUCAAUAAUAAAGGUCAAAUAAAGCUUGCAGAUUUUGGGCUUGCACGACUUUAUAAUUCUGAAGAGAGUCGUCCAUAUACCAAUAAAGUGAUUACACUGUGGUACCGACCGCCAGAGCUGCUUUUGGGAGAAGAGAGGUACACGCCUGCUAUCGAUGUGUGGAGCUGUGGAUGUAUUCUUGGAGAACUGUUCACAAAGAAACCCAUCUUUCAAGCUAAUCAGGAGCUUGCACAGUUAGAGCUUAUCAGUCGAAUUUGCGGUAGCCCCUCCCCUGCUGUUUGGCCAGAUGUAAUAAAGCUUCCCUUCUUCAACACCAUGAAACCAAAGAAGCAGUACAGGAGACGGCUACGUGAGGAAUUUGCUUUCAUCCCUCCAACGGCCUUGGAUCUGUUUGAUCACAUGCUGAACCUGGACCCCAGCAGACGCUGCACAGCUGAGCAGGCAUUAGGCAGCGAGUUCCUCAAAGAUGUGGACCCAGAGAAGAUGCCCCCACCAGAUCUCCCGUUGUGGCAGGACUGCCAUGAGCUGUGGAGCAAGAAACGUCGUCGUCAGAAGCAGAUGCCCGAAGAAAUGGUCGCCCCCAAGGCACCCCGUAAAGAACUGGGCCCCGAUGACAGCCGCAGUAACACCCCUCAAGGUUUCUCUGGCUCUGGAGGUAUCAAAGCCCAAAACAUGGCUGCUUCUGCAUUGCUUGAUCCAAAGGGUCCAACCUCCCAAAUUACCCAGGAGCAGCUUGCUGUUCUGCUCAACUUUCUUGGCCAGCCCAAGAGCGCCGUCAGCACAGCCCAGUUUGCACAGACUAUGAGCAUGAACAUCAACCAGGAGACUCUGCAACAGCUCUCCAAAGUCCUCAUUUCCACAGACUCUGAAAGAGUUGGUGAUCCUCCUCUUCAUCCGACUGCCGCCAAGCCUCCACAGCCCGCUGCUCCAGCAGGGGUGCCUCGUACGCCCCCCAUGCCAAAGCCUCCUUCGCCACCCGUAUCUGCACCAUCAGCUAUUCCAGAAGUCGAGGCUGCCGCUGCCACUCAGACCGCCAUGACGAUGCUGCUGGCUCAACUACUCCAGGCUCAACAGGUUCAGAGGCAGGAAGCAAGUGAUGCCGGCGAAGGAGCAGAGAGUACCAACCCUCCAGCAGGAGCAGCAGCAGGGGGACCUCUGCUGCCUGCAGAGGUCAAAAAUCCUCCAGAGCCCAGCCCAGUGUCUCCAGUGUCUGAGGUAGUCGGGGUAUCUAUCCUGCCCCCGGACCAGCGGCCUCCCGAGCCUCCAGAGCCGCCGCCACCACCGCAUGCAGACCUCGACUACAGACAGCCUCCACCAGAGCCCAAGCCGGGACACAUUCCCCCGAUUGCCUCUGCAGGUGGAAGUGAGGGAGGGAGGCACUCGGAACCAGACUAUCCACCACUCCCUCCUGCAGAAGGGCCAGGGUAUGGGGGAGACUACAGCCACGCACUUCCUCACGCCUUCACUGCAGCUGGCUUUGGUGAGAGCUACAUGGGUCACAUGUUAGGUGGAGGCCUCCCACCUCACACUCUGCGAGAAGUAUUCAGCGCUCCCAGCCAGUCUGUUGGCUCCUCUUCUGCUGGAGUGCUGGUCCCAGCUCACCCGGAUCCCUUCCCUCCAGGCCCAGGAGCCAUGGUGCCGGGCAGCAUGGUGUUCGCCGGGGACAAGGACCAUCGAUUCGAGUACAGUCAUAGCCCGUUACCUGUAGACGCACAGCCCAGCCCCGCUGCUCUCCACCUCUACAACCACGCCAUGGCUAGAAAGGACGGCAUACCUGCUCCCCCACCAAUCCUGCCCCCAGGUCAACCGUGGGCUUCCCCCUCCCAGCUUGGUGCUCAACCACUCCCCCUUGGCUUUGUCCCACACGUGAACUCGACGGGAACAAUCAGAGGACGAGGCCUGCCUUUCUGAUCGACUGGGGACGUAAAGUGACCGUUUAUAACAGUGGACUGGAUCAGGAGCCUGAAACGUCUGGGGCCAGACCAGAGGGCUCUGGAACUCCACAAAAGACGUUGUGUACUUCUGUGAUUGGGAAUGUAGAGUACGCCGCAGGGCAGAUAACUUUAAAUGGAGCUUUUCUACCAUUUUCAGAGUCUUUUUAAAUCGGUUCUGCUGUCUUUUAAAUUAAAUGUUGCCGGUUUUUUUAGUGUCCUUAUUUUUUCAGGCCAGGUGAAUUUUAAAGCUCGACCCGAGUGUUUCUGUAAUUGCUCCAGAGCGGAUUAGUAUUAUUAAUGAUUUGCACUACUGACUGAAGUAGGCGGGAAUGCACUCUGAAUGGAGAUGGCCACAGUGUGCUUUUUAUCUGCACAGUUAGAAAUGUGAUGUCAUUUUAUGGCUGUUCAUUGGUUCAAAUGAUGAUGUUCAGCUGAUAGAUGGUGUAGACUAUCGGCCUCACGGACACUGGGAGCACUUGGAUGACUGCUGCACACCUGAGGAGAGUGUCUUUGACUUCUGGAGACUAUUGUGUUAAAUUUUCCUCCCCUGCCUUUUGACAGUAGGUCAUGUAAGAUAGCAAGCAAAACAAAGACAACCCAUGUUCAAAACGCAAGCAGUCUUUUUUUGUAUUAAAAUAAUUUCCCCUUUUUCCUCCUUCCUUUGGCAAAUGUUUAUUAAAGAAAUGCCAGCAAUG